ACCGACUAGAAAAGAGGAGAGCCAUUAACAAACGAGAAGAUGAUACUGCAGAGGCAACUGAAUCUAGAUUGUCAAUAUUCUUAAAAAAUACUCCCUGUCUCUUUGAACAAUUUCCAGAUGAUAUUAAAAAGGUGGAUGCUGACAGAGAUGAGGAUGAGGUUUUCUAUGAUGUUGCAAACAUGUUUGAUGAAUUGUUCUACUCGCCCAAGACACCAGAAGCUGCCAGUGUUGAUCUGAAACUGAAUGCAAAGUCACCACCACUCCCACCAAUUUCAAACUCUAGAACUAAAAGCACUGAAGAAAAUAAAGAGAAAGAGGAACUCGUUCAGCUUGCCACUGAAUUACUGGAUACAGGAGCAGAGAAGGAUGAACCCAUUCCAGAGAUAACAGACAAACCAAGGACAGAAGUUAUUGAAGAGGUACUUGAGAAAAAGGAAGCUUACGUUACCGGUGAGGAUGACCAAACACUUCCUGAUUCAGAAGGGAAGCAGCAAAGCAAGGACCAGGAGGUUGCCACUCCCACAUUGAAGGAUGCCAAGGUCAUAUUUGUCAUUGGAGGACCCGGAUCUGGUAAAGGUACUCAAUGUGCGAAACUUGUAGAAAAAUAUUCAUUCAUGCAUCUUUCGGCCGGGGACCUUCUGAGGGCAGAGGUGAAAUCUGGGUCAGAACGAGGAAAGCAAUUAACAGAGAUAAUGGAAAAGGGUGAACUAGUUCCUCAGGAUGUCGUGCUUCAACUUCUCAAGGAGUCAAUGGAAGCAUCUCUUGCAAGUUCUAAAGUAUUUUUAAUUGAUGGUUAUCCUAGGAAAUUGGAACAAGGAAUAGAAUUUGAAAAGGAGAUUACUGAAUGCCAGUUUCUCCUCUACUUUGAAGUGUCUGAUGAGGAAAUGACAACUAGGUUACUGAAGCGGGGAGAAACCAGUGGUAGGUCUGAUGAUAACGAAGAAACAAUCAAGAAACGUUUGAGUGUGUUCCAUGAACACACCACACCUGUUCUUGAUCAUUUUAAGGAAAAAACAAAGAAGGUUGCUGCUGAAUCAGGCACACCAGAUGAUAUCUUUGUAGAAGUUGUCAAACUUUUGGAAGGUCAUGGCAUUGUAGCUGCAGCAGCGGAACAAUCAGAAAAGAAUGCCACACCAUCCGAAGAACAGAAGGAAGGGAAACCACUGGAAACUAAUGAUGCUAAGACUGAAGAAAGUCAGCCAGAGGAGACAGAAGCCAAGGCUGAAGAGAAAGGAAAUGAGGAAACUACUGAAGAGGCACCUGCAGAGCCUGCACCUAAAACAGAAGAUAAACCAGAAGAAGCUGCAUCAGAAGAUAAGGUAGAAGAACCAGCUUCUGAAGAAAAGGCAGAAGAAUCAGAACAGAAAGAGGGUGUAUCUGAACCAGUGCAAGCUUCAGAAGAAAAACCAGAACAGACUUCAGAAGAAAAACCAGAGCACACUUCAGAAGAAAAUGCUGUAGAUAAGAAGGAAGAAACAGAAACAAAGGAAGAAUCACCAGAAGAAACAAAGACAGAAGACAACACUGAAUCAGCAAAGGAUGAAACAACACCAGAAGCAGAAGGAAACACAGGUGGUGAAGAGGAAAAAGUAGAAGAAGCAACAACCGAAGAAACAAAAGCAGAAAAUGUACCAGAAACAGACAAUACUGAUGGUUAAAAUUUAUUUUAUUGAUUAUACAUAAUUACAUUCUUACCUUUUAAAAUGUCUUUAAAAAUAAUAUGGUAUCUUUAGAAUCAAUACUUGUACAAUCAGCUAACAAACUGACAUUCCAUUUGUAAAUAUUUAAUAUUAGGGGAAUUUUUCUUUUAACUGUUUGUUUUUUCUUUUAACUGCUUUAAUGUUUCAGUUAUGUAAUGUAUGUAUACAAAACGUUCUUUCUGGUGCUUUAUCCUCUCUGUGUUCUCACCAAGUAUGGGAUUCUACCCAGAUUACAAUAAUUGAUCUUAACUGCUCUUACUGUAUAUUACUAAGUUCUCUAUUGAGUUAAAUCACAAAAUGCAGUUAAAAUUACUUUUAUCUUACUUUUAUCAUGUUCAUGAAUGCUUAGUGAAGAUGUAAGCUAAACACUGUCCUUACAUGAAAUAUACACAUCAAAAAGUACUAUUCACACUCGUAUAUUUUCAUAUGAUGUCUGGAAACAUUGGAAAGUAUAUAUGUCACAUAUGAUUUAUAUAUAUAAAACAACAUAGAAAUAAGUACAAAAUAUAACUAAUUUACCUGUUAGAGUCUGCUCUGUCACUGUGAUGUGAUCAGUUGGUCACUGAUUGUCAUUGAUUAAAUAAACCAAAAAUACUCAGAUCCAAAUAGUUUGUGAAUAUUCAGAUGAUUUGCACAUAUAAUGCAUAUUAUAAAACAUAUUAAGUUAUGUAAAAUGCACUUGUAUAAUGCAAAUGAAAGACAGUAUAUUAUAUAAUGCCUAUUAAAAAAGUAUAUAAUUG